CGCCCAGAGGAAGAGAGAGAGAGAGAGAGAGACACCGUGCUCUCAAUGGCGGACUUCACGAAGACGACCCUUGUUCUUCCACAAUGCCGUCAUCUUGCAUCUUUGUUUUCUUCACGGAACCCGCCCUCUGAACCGCAUCUGUUCAUAGUUAAACCUCCGGUUCACCACCAUCAAUCCUUCAUUCCACAGUUUCAGAAGGGUCACCUACUCUAUUUCCUCCUCCUCCUCGUCAUCGUCAUUUUCAACGAGACAAAGAGUUCAUGAGGUCUCCGGGUGAUGUUCCUCGACCUCAGGAGGAGCCAUAUGUUCGUUCUCGACAGAAUCCAUUCUUCAAUGGUCUGUUGAGAGGUGAUACAAGAUCCAUUGGCAUGGAUUCUGCAUUUGAUUUUCCAGUAAAUGGCAGCAGUCGAAGCAUUUCUCGAUCAGCAUCUGAUAUUGGGGAAAUAAGAGGCAGAAACUUUGUACUAGAUGCCUCUAAACAUGUUGCAGAUUUCCCAGCAGAGGAUUCAUUUUCUGAUGUUCUCGAACCCUUUGCAUUGCCUUCAUCUGGAUUAAAGUCAAAAUCCGCCAGAUCAACAUCAUUUUCUUACCAAAGCAUUCAGUCAGAUUCGAGUGUCGGCUUGGAUGAUCAAAACGGUUCACCAGAGUCAAAUUCUUGGUCAAAUGAAGAAAGGGAAAGUUUUCAUACAUUAGAUUUUUCGCAGAGAUCCUUUGCUGAAAGAAAAUCAUAUACAGUGAACACUGGAAAAUCCUCCCUGUUGAGGAUUCCUCUUCCCCAGUCAGCAGCUUCAUUUUAUAAUGGUGUUACCCCACUGAUGGAAAUUGUGGAAUCCUGUCAAGGAAUUAAGAGGCUGAAUCUAUAUCUUAAAGAGAGAAGGGAUGAUGUCAGCGCUGGUGUUCCGGGAAGGUUCUUACAUGUUGUGAUAGGGCAAGAUGGCUCGGAUGUUGGGUCCUUGGCUGCCACAAUCAUGUAUGCUUUCUACUUGAACGAAACACUUGGUGAUGGCCAAAUUUGCACGGUACCUGUUAUCAACAUGAGGAGAGCAGACUUUAGUUCGCAUGUCGAUCUCAAAUGGUUGCUUAAUUCAUGUCAAAUUGAUGAGGCAUCUUUGGUCUUUAUUGAUGAGAUUGACUUGUCCUACUAUGAUCUGUUUGGUAGUCUGAAGCUUGUUCUGGUCAAUGGCCACAAGAUACCUCUCAAACAAGAGGCCUUAAAGGAGGCUGUCGUUGAAAUCUUCAGUUGCAGAAAGGGUGAAUCCGUGUAUCCUUGGGUGAGGGAUGUGACUUUUGCACAGGAUUGCUCCAGUUGCACUCUUCUCGCUGAGAAGUUUGCACUGACCUUCCCUGAGAUUUUGGGUGGGCAAGGAUUCAGUAGACUUUUGCUAUCAGGAAUUCUCUUGGAGACUGCAAACCUGUCUCUCCCUCAUUGCACCUCCAAAGACAAGUACAUGGCCACGUUGUUAAUAAAUGGGGCGGGUCGCUUCGGGUGUGAUGGUCUUUAUCAGAUAUUGAGGUACAAGAUGUAUGACGUAUCAGAUCUUAGAGUAACAGAAAUCUUGCGCAAGGACUUCAAGAAGUGGACUAGAAUAGGCAAUCCGGAUACUGCUGGUUUGCGAUUUUCAGUGUCGCAUGUUGGGAUGAGUUCCAUUGGUAUGCCAGUUGGCCAACUUCUUGAUCACGAGGAUUCUUCAACCCAAGAAAUUAAACUCUUCCAACAACUGGAGAAACUGCGGGUACUCACAAUUGUUUCAGGGUAUUACGAUGUAGACAAGAACUUCAAGAGGGAAAUCCUUGUCUCCGCUGAAUCUGUUGACCUAAAGAAGAAUCUUCUGCAUUUUUUCAAUUCAAAUGCCUCCCAGUUGCCCCUGAAAGUUCUGCCACUACCAGGUCUAAGAAAUGAGAUGAGUGCUUUCGAGAUUGAUAAGUUCACAUCAAGGAAAAAUAUCGAGCGGUUGCUGGAAGAAUUUGGCAGCACAUUAAAAGGCUAAUACAGCCGUAUGGAUGAACAUUUCGUCAUACCGGGAAUUUAUCUUCUCAGGAGCUUCACGAAGACUGAACUCAGCAAGAAAACCUACACAAGAAUGAAAGGGAAAGGGAAAGGGAAAGGGAAAACACACAAUAAUAGAACAAUGGACAAGUAAACAGCAUCUAUAAAGCAGGUUUUACAUUUCCUCAUCUGUUGGCAUUUCAGCCAUGACAGUUUCCUUUGGUCCUUUUCUUUAUAAUUUUUUUUGUAAAAGUUGUUCUUUUAAGAGAGAGAGAGAGAGAGAGAUGUUUUGCAUGUCAUUAUUGGGUCAUGUAUGAAAAAUUUAGUGUAGCUCUUACCCUACGUUAUAAUCACACGAAUCUGUCAGAAAAUGUGGAUGAGGAAUUCA